AUGAAUAACUCGCGUGAAGGGACCCAACAGGGUCAAAACGUUGCCGGGCCCGGGGGACCGCCCCAGCCUGAGCCCCAGCCCAACCAGCAGCCUGUCGAGGCUAACCAGAACCCCGCGCCUGAAAACCAGGGCAAUAGCGGUGGUCACGGUGGUGGCGGUCGUGGUCGUGAUCGUGGCAAUCGCCGUGAUCGCCGUGCUGCUCGUCGUGCUCGUCGUCAUGCUCGUCGUGCUCGUCGCAUGGCCGAAGUCGAAUUCCGCCAGUCACUCGACAAUAUCACAUACGAUUUCGAGCGGACAGACUAG